CCAGUCCCUGCCUCUCCCUGCCGGGGAGGGUGAGUCACGCCAAACUGGGCGGAGAGUCUGCUGGCCUCUCUCCUUCGCUCGUCUGGGCGGCGGCGGCGGCAACUGGGGACGGGGCGGGUGGCGCAUCACGGGCGCGGAGGCAGGAGGAGCAGUCUCAUUGUUCCGGGGGCCGUCGCCACUGCAGGUCUCUCGGCUCAUUCGGCCCUGCCCCUCUCAGUCCUCCUCAACCCCCACAACCGCCCGCGGCUCUGAGGAGAAGCGUCCCGGCGGCGGCAGCUGCUGCAGCAUCAUCCCCGACCCGCCGGCCAUGGAAGACAUGGACCAGUCGCCUCUGGUCUCCUCGUCCUCGGACAGCCCGCCCCGGCCUCAGCCUCCGUUCAAGUACCAGUUCGUGAGGGAGCCCGAGGACGAGGAGGAAGAGGAGGAGGAGGAAGACGAGGACGAGGACGAAGACCUGGAAGAGCUGGAGGUGCUGGAGAGGAAGCCCGCCGCCGGGCUGUCGGCGGCCCCACUGCCCACCGCCCCCGCCCCCGGCCCCGGCGCGCCCCUGUUGGACUUCGGCAAUGACUUCGUGCCCCCGGCGCCCCGGGGGCCCCUGCCGGCCGCGCCCCCCGCCGCCCCGGAGCGGGCGCCGUCUUGGGACCCGAGCCCCGCGUCGUCGGCGGUGUCCGCGUCAUCCCUGCCCUCCGCUGCCGCAUCCUUGCCCUCCAAGCUCCCCGAGGACGACGAGCCUCCGGCCAGGCCUCCCCCGCCUCCCCCGUCCGGCGUGAGUCCCCAAGCCCAGCCCGCGUGGACCCCGCCCGUGCCGACCCCUGCCGCGCCCCCCUCCACCCCGGCCGCGCCCAAGCGCAGGGGCUCCUCAGGCUCAGUGGAUGAGACACUUUUUGCUCUUCCUGCUGCAUCUGAGCCUGUGAUACACUCCUCUGCAGAAAAAAUUAUGGACUUGAAGGAGCAGCCAGGUAACAUUGUUUCUGCUGGUCAAGAGGAUUUCUCAUCUGUCCUGCUUGAAACUGCUGCUUCUCUUCCUUCUCUGUCUCCCCUCUCAGCUGCUUCUUUUAAAGAACAUGAAUACCUUGGUAAUUUACCAGCAGUAUUACCCACCGAAGGAACACUUCAAGAAACUUCAAAUGAUUCUUCUAAAGAAUUCUCAGAGAAGGCAAAAAAUCCAUUUGUAGACAGAGAUUUAACAGAGUUUUCAGAAUUGGAAUACUCAGAAAUGGGAUCAUCAUUCAGUGGCUCUCCAAAAGCAGAAUCUGCUGUAACAGUAACAAACCCUAGGGAAGAAAUAAUUGUGAAGAGUAAAGAUGAAGAGGAUGGUUUAGUUAGUAAUAACAUCCUUCCUAAUCAACAAGAGUCACCCAUGGCCCUCACUCAAUCAGUUAAAGAAGAGGACCAAGUUGUAUCUCCAGAAAAAACAAAAGACAGUUUUAAUGAAAAGAGAGUUGCAGCAGGAACUCCUAUGAGGGAGGAAUAUGCAGACUUCAAACCAUUUGAACGAGUGUGGGAAGUAAAAGAUACUUAUAAGCAAGAUAGUGAUAUGUUGGCUGCUGGAGGUAAUGUAGAGAGCAAGUUGGAAAGUAAAGUGGGUAAGGAAUGUUUUGCAGAUAGCCUUGAGCAAACAAAUCAUGAAAAUGAUAGUGAGAGCAGUAAUGAGGAUGCUUCUUUUCCCAGUACACCAGAAGCUGUUCAAGAUAGUUCAGGAGCAUACAUCACAUGUGCUCCCUUUAACCCAACAGCAACUGAAAGCAUUUCAACAAACAUUUUUCCUUUGUUGGAAGAUCAUACUUCAGAAAAUAAGACAGAUGAAAAAAAAAUAGAAGAAAAAAAGGCCCAAAUUGUGACAGAGAAGAAUACCAGCACCAAAACAUCAAACUCUUUCCUUGUAGCAACACAGGAUUCUGAGACAGAUUAUGUCACAACAGAUAAUUUAUCCAAGGUGACCUCGGAAGUAGUGGCAAACAUGCCUGAAGGGCUAACCCCAGAUUUAGUACAGGAAGCAUGUGAAAGUGAGUUGAAUGAAGCUACAGGCACCAAGAUUGCUUUUGAAACGAAAAUGGACUUGGUUCAAACAUCAGAAGCUAUGCAGGAGUCACUCUACCCUGUAGCACAGCUUUGCCCAUCAUUUGAAGAAUCUGAAGCUACUCCUUCGCCAGUUUUGCCUGACAUUGUUAUGGAAGCACCAUUAAAUUCUAUAGUUCCUAGUGCUGGUGCUUCUACAGUACAGCCCAGUUUAUCACCAUCAGAAGUUCCUCCUUCAGUUAAUUAUGAAAGCAUGAAACUUGAGCCUGAAAAUCCCCCACCAUAUGAAGAGGCCAUGAAUGUAUCACUAAAAAAAGUGUCAGGAAUAAAGGAAGAAAUUAAAGAGCCUGAAAGUAUUAAUGUAGCUAUUCAAGAAACAGAAGCUGCUUACAUAUCUAUUGCAUGUGAUUUAAUUAAAGAAACAAAGCUCUCUACUGAACCAACUCCAGAUUUCUCUGAUUAUUCAGAAAUAGCAAAAGUUGCACAGCCAGUGCCUGAUCAUUCUGAGCUAGUUGAAGAUUCCUCACCUGAUUCUGAACCAGUUGAUUUAUUUAGUGAUGAUUCAAUACCUGAAGUUCCACAAAAACAAGAUGAAGCUGUGAUACUUGUGAAAGAAAAUCUCAUUGAAACUUCAUCUGAGUCAAUGUUAGAACAGGAAGUUAAGGAAAAACUUAGUGCUUCACCAGCACCUGAGGGGGGAAAGCCAUAUUUGGAAUCUUUUCAGCCCAAUUUAGACACCACAGAAGAUACUUUGUUACCUGAUGAAGUUUCAACAUCAACCCAAAAGGAGAAAAUUCCUUUGCAGAUGGAGGAGCUCAGUACUGCAGUUUAUUCAGAUGAUGGCUUAUUUAUUGCUAAGGAAGCAAAAAUAAGAGAGAGUGAAACAUUUUCAGAUUCAUCUCCAAUUGAGAUUAUAGAUGAGUUCCCUACGCUUGUCAGUUCUAAAACUGAUUCUUCUCAAUUAGACAGGGAAUACACUGACCUAGAAGUAUCCCACAAAAGUGAAAUUGCUGAUGUCCAGGAUGGAGCUGAGUCAUUGCCUUGUUCAGAAUUACCCCGUGACCUUUCUUUCAAGAAUGUACAACCUAAAGGUGAAGAUAAAGUCCAUGUCCCAGAUGAAUUCUCCAAAGAUAGGUCUGAUAUUUCAAAGGUGCCCUUACUGCUUCCAGAUAUUUCUGCUGUGGCGGCUCAAACAGAGAUAGGCAGUAUAGUUAAACCCCAAGUUCUUGUGAAAGAAGCUGAGAAAAAACUUCCUUCUGAUACAGAAAAAGAGAACAGAUCGCCAUCUGCUAUAUUUUCAGCAGAGCUGAGUAAAACUUCAGUUGUUGACCUCCUCUACUGGAGAGAUAUUAAGAAGACUGGAGUGGUGUUUGGUGCCAGCUUAUUCCUGCUGCUUUCGUUGACAGUAUUCAGCAUUGUGAGUGUAACGGCCUACAUUGCCUUGGCCCUGCUCUCUGUGACCAUCAGCUUUAGGAUAUAUAAGGGUGUGAUCCAAGCUAUCCAGAAAUCAGAUGAAGGCCAUCCAUUCAGGGCAUAUUUGGAAUCUGAAGUCGCUAUUUCUGAGGAGUUGGUUCAGAAAUACAGUAAUUCUGCUCUUGGUCAUGUGAACUGCACGAUAAAAGAACUCAGACGCCUCUUCUUAGUUGAUGACUUAGUUGAUUCUCUGAAAUUUGCAGUGUUGAUGUGGGUAUUUACCUAUGUUGGUGCCUUGUUCAAUGGUCUGACACUACUGAUUUUGGCUCUGAUUUCGCUCUUCAGCGUUCCUGUUAUUUAUGAACGGCAUCAGGCACAGAUAGAUCAUUAUCUAGGACUUGCAAAUAAGAAUGUUAAAGAUGCUAUGGCUAAAAUUCAAGCAAAAAUCCCUGGAUUGAAGCGCAAAGCUGAAUGAAAAAGCCUGAAAUAAUUAACAAUAGGAGUUUAUCUUUAAAGGGGAUAUUCAUUUGAUUACAUGGGGGGGGGGGUCAGGGAAGAAUGAAACCUUGACAUUGCAGUUUCACAGAUCCUUAUUUUUAGCAAUGCAGUGUCUGAGGAACAAUUACCUGUCUUGACUGCCAUGUGUUUAUCACCUUAAGUAUUGUAAGCUGCUAUGUAUGGAUUUAAACUGUAAUCAUAUUUGUUUUUCCUAUAUGAGGCACUGGUGAAUAAAAAAAGAUCUGAGAAAGAUAUAGUACACUUUGUUACAGGUAGUCUUGCUGUAUUUUGGGAAUUGCAGAGAAAGUGGAGCUGAAAAAAAUAACCCUUUUCACAGUUUGUGCACUGUGUAUGGUCUGUGUAGAUUGGAUGCAGAUUUUCUGAAAUGAAAUGUUUAGACGAGAUCAUACCACUAAAGCAGGAGUGAAAAAACUUGCCUUUCUGGUAUGUUCUAGGUGUAUUGUGAAUUUUACUGUUAUAUUAAUUGCCAAUAUAAGUAAAUAUAGAUUAUAUAUAUAUCUAUGUAUAGUGUUUCACAAAGCUUAGAGACCUUUACCUUCCAGCUGCCCUACAGUGCUUGAUCUUUCAGAGUCUUUGGUUGUACGUGUGUAGUUCCAAAGCACAUAAGCUAGAAAAAGAAAAAAUAUUUCUAGGAGCACUACCAUCUGUUGUUUUCAACGUGAACCGACGCCAUGCACGUAGAAUUCUUCACAUCAACUUCAUCGCACAGACUUACUGUAGUUAAUUUUGUCACAAACCCUGAAUCUAUGGACUGAAUCUAAUGCUUCCAAAAAUGUUUGCAAAUAUCGAAUAUUGUUAUGCAAGAAAUCAUAAAAUGAAGAUUUAUACAAUUGUGGUUUAAGUUGUACUGAACUAAAUCUGUGGAAUGCAUUGUGAACUGUAAAAGCAAAGUAUCAAUAAAGCUUAUAGACUUAAAAUA